AUGCUUCAUAAUUUUGUCCCUUUGCUCAAAGACCAUUUUCUGGCACAAAUACUGGGUACCAAGAACAAUGACAACAACUUCACAGAUCAAGAUCUAUCAACAAUCCAAUUCGAACACAAGAGACUCUACAAACACAGGACCUUACACAUAAAUUACACCAGCUAUGACAUGCGGCGACUCCAGGAUACACUGAACCCUUAUUCUGAGCACUGCAACAUCAUGGUCCUCACGAACGAAGAACCUGGGACUUCAGAAUCACAUCCAUAUUGGUAUGCUCGUAUCAUUGGUAUCUUCCAUGCCAACAUCUUUCAUGUUGACCCCAAGUCAACAUCACCAGGCAACACUCACACGAUGGACUUCCUGUGGGUUUGUUGGUUUGGUCACAACACCGAGUAUCACAGCAGAUUCAAAGCCCGUUGUUUGCCCCACAUCAGAUUUUUCAAUGGAAAGGAAGACUGCACAUUUGGAUUCUUGGACCCCAACGAUAUCAUUCGAGCCGCACAUCUCAUGCCUGCUUUCUCACAAGGCCAUUCCUGA